AUGUGGAAUUCUGUUUGGCUACGGACCAGGCUACUGGCAAGCUUCGUGGUGCUCUUUGUCCUGCUCUUCGUCGUCACUAUUGCCUUAUACGGGGUCUCUGAGAAGUACCACGGCCUCAACGCCGAGGAUAUGGCGAGACAGUAUGGAUGGAGGUACGGACCGACAGCCUUCUUGACCGUCAUUCUCAGCUUGUGGGCGCAGAUCGAUUACUCGAGCAAGAUCUUGACGCCAUGGCAGGAAAUGCGUCGGGCUCCCACGGAGGCGGAGAAGAGCGUUCUUGUUGAUUACAUUUCUCCUCCCAUGCUCAUAGUCUUCUGGAGAGCAAUGAAGAGGCACCAUUGGGCUGUGAUGGCGUCUAUUCUUGGCAUACUGCUGAUUCAGUUAGCUACUGUCUUCUCCACAGGUCUAUUCGUACUGGAACCCACGACGCUGAGCCUAAGCAAUGUUCCCAUGACCGUCGGGAGUUCGUUCAAUGGAUCCGAUUUUCGUUUGACCAACACUAGUACCAGCCUUUCCACUGGCCCGAGUAUCUUGUACUAUGGCUCGCGAGUCUACGGACUUGCGUCACAACCUGGUGUUGAUAUCUCUCGCGGCCUCGUAAUGCCAGACUUUGCGCCUUCGGACCGUUCAGCCACCAUCAACGGCACCAAUUAUACAGCCAUCGUGCCAGGGGUAGAGGCAAGUCUCGACUGCGAGUAUCUUCCGGGUCUAAAUGGGACGAAGACCUAUUUGCCAUGGUGGAGCAUCAAUGGGGCAUUCUUUGUUCUAAACAUCACCACACCCUCUUGUAACAUACGGAAUAUUAUCGUCGGUCAGGGCCCGGACCACAACAUCUACCACCAGGAGAAUGCCACACAAGCGUAUAUGGGCUACUUCGGUGAUUACCUCUGUGACCCAAGCAUUGACUACUCAGCUCCCAUAUUUCCAGAUCCCUCAAACACGACAGUAGAACAUCGCAUAGUCAUGACAAUGGCCGAUCUUCGUUUUCCUCCUCGAAACUGGCUCAGUGCUGGUGCACCGUAUAUUUACGUGGAGAAACUCACGGUCGCUGUGUGCAAGUCGGGUUACGCCAUGGGUGACUACGAAGUAACUUACAAGGACGGCAUAGACGGGCAUAGCAAAUCUUGGAUGGCCGAUAAGGUCUCGGAAUCAUCAUCUGAGAUCCCUGGUUUCUCCUCUGCUCAGCUUGGCGCGGCUGUUCAUUCGUCUUUGGACGAGACGUACCUCGGCACUGGUGGGCAAGACUGGGUUCUCACAAAGCAGGUCCCGACAUUCUACCAGAUACUCUCGGCCAUGAACGGCAAUGUCAGCAUUGGGCUUUUCAUGGAUCAUGAAAAGCUGAUUAGCAGCGCCACUGAUGCUUUCAAAGGUAUAGCGGCUGAACUCAUUAACAAACACAUGAUGAAGCCAAGUGAGACUACCGUCAGCGGCUCGAUGCUUUAUUAUCAAAACCGCUUGUGGGUGAGAGCUCUCUCAGUCGGGUUCAUGGCGGCUGCGUUCAUAUUGUUAGCUGGUCUUACUAUCGUUCUACUCAUUUUCAGACCGAUGAACGUGGUCCCCUCUGAUCCUGGAUCAAUCGGGGCCACUGCACUCAUCCUUGCGGAGAGCUCUACACUGCGGAAUCUCCUGUUAGGACUGGGAGCUGCGAGGACUCGCGAGAUCAAGCAGAAGCUGUCUUCCUAUAACUUCCGGAGCGUCGUUACCCCUGGGCCCCAAAAGACCUUUACCGUCGUGCCAACUGAGCACGGACAGCCAACGAGUAGCAAGACUAUUGAAGAUGACAGCCCACCACAAAGUGAGCAUUGGUGGACUCCCGUCGCUGCCAAGUUGUGGUUCCAGCUGCUUUCUAUCACUUUGCCUAUCAUUAUUAUUGCCGUCCUCGAAGUCGUCCAACGACUGUCUGAUGAUAACAACGGCUUUGUAGACCUUGGUACUGCUGGCUUCGCUACCACACAUGGGUUUGCAACUUAUAUUCCUGCUGUCGUGGCAUUCAUCGUCGCUACUAUGUUUACUAGCAUACAACUGGCAAUCUGUACCCUCUCCCCAUGGCUAGCACUGCACAGAGGUAGCGCCCCGGCUUCCAGAUCUCUGUUUCUCAAUCUGAUCAACAGACUUGCCCCGCAUCGUAUCUUCUUGGCUUUCAAGCAUGGCAAUGUUGGCGAGGUGUUGAUUAUGGUAGCCACGUUCCUCGCUGCCUGGCUCCCCAUUCUCGUGUCUGGUCUCUAUGUCACCGUUCCCGCUACUGCGUCGCAUUCCGUCAGCUUGGCACAAAGUGAUGUCUUUGACUUCAAAUUGAAUAACCUCUUCUAUGAAGACAACCUUGCAGGCACCAUUGCCGGUCUCAUUGCUUUCGAAGACCUAGCAUAUCCAGAAUGGACGUACGGGGACCUCGCCUUCAAUAAGCUCGACGCGACAGGCGUCCCUACGGAUAUAUCAGCGGAUACGGAAGUGCCAUUCGCAGCCAAGCUGCGAGCGACAAGGCCGUCUCUCACAUGUGAUGUCAUCUCACCAGAUUCAAUGGCAUAUAAAUGGGACGACAAAGCAGAUGCGCAGCAGAUCACGCUCGACAGGGCGGCUCUUAAUAUAACAUACGUUGUCCCUUGGAUGUGUGAGAGUCCAAGGGGGAAUAUUACCAACGUGUCAUGGUUCCAAGGAUUCGCUCUUCCUAAAGAUGGCAGCCCGAUUUACUUUGGACAUGCUAGUGUUCUCACUUGGAGUGACAUCCUCCACGGGAAUAGAGCUGCUAUUACUGAUACCAACCGCGGAAUGGCGGUAUCUUACGCCGAUGAGGCGGUCGCUAACUGGGUGGGUGGCUACGGCUGCCCGUCAUUUGCGGUGACCCUGGGGCGAGGAUCGGCCAUAGAGCAGAUAUCUCGAAAGAACAAGACCACCUACGACUUCGACAUUGAAGUCACAAGCAUCGUGUGUUCCCAACGCAUAGAAGUCGUGGACACAAACGUAACGCUAAGACUGCCCUCGCUCGGCGUGAUCUCGACGCCCCCGGUGCCCGACGAGUCCACAGCCGAAUUCCUCAUCAAUGAGCUAUCCAACUACACAGGCCCAAUAUUCGAGUUUCCACUCAACAAUCUCUUGCUCACGCUCACCCACGGCACCGGCAACGUCUCGGCGCCGCCUCCCAGCGGCGGCACCACCAGCGACGCGAACCAGCUGGACGAUUUCGUACAAUUUCUCGCGACGGCGAACGCGUCACUGCCCAUAGACGCUCUCGUCGGUCACGAGAACAGCCACAACUUGAUCGACGCGACCAACAGACUGUACAAGACAUACAUGCCGCAGGCCAUCGACCGGAACAUGCGGACGACGGACCUCGAUGCCAAGGUCGCCGCGCCCGACGCCAUCGCCGCCAAAGUCGAACCCCUCCGUAUGACGACGCGACCUGCGUUCCCUGGACGACUGCGCUUGAAGCAAGAAGCUGCUCCGAAAUUCGCACUUCAGGCUGUGCUGGCGGUGAUGGUCUUGUGCGCGAUCGUCAGCAGGAUAUUCCUCCGGGACAUCGAGAAGCUGGUCCCGCACAAUCCCUGCAGCAUUGCGGGCCGGGCGGCGCUGUUCGCGGACGGCGAAGUUAGCACGCGGAAGCUGGUGCCUUAUGGAGCCGAGUGGCGGACAGAAGCUGAGCUCAGCCGGGUCGGUGUCUACGAAGGCUGGCUGUUUAGUCUGGGCUGGUGGGAAAGUAUGGGUGUGUAUAAAUAUGGCGUGGAUAUAGGCUGGAUUGAUCAGGGGAAGAACACUGGACAUGACAUAAAAUAG